GGCCCGACUGCGGCGCAGCUCGGCCGCGGCGCGCAGACACCGGGCCCGGCUCCCGAGGGCGCCGUUGGCGGCCCACUCCGCCGCGCUCGGCAGCCGCCCACCGCGCGGGGCCCGAGGCCUGGGGAAGAUGGUGUCCUGGAUGAUCUCCCGAGCCGUGGUGUUGGUGUUUGGAAUGCUUUAUCCUGCAUAUUAUUCAUACAAAGCUGUAAAAACAAAAAAUGUGAAAGAAUACGUUCGAUGGAUGAUGUACUGGAUUGUCUUUGCUCUCUACACUGUGGUUGAAACAAUAGCAGAUCUAACGGUUGCUUGGUUCCCCCUAUACUAUGAACUGAAAAUUGCUUUUGUCAUUUGGCUGCUUUCUCCCUACACCAAAGGAGCAAGUUUAAUGUAUAGAAAAUUCCUUCAUCCUCUUCUUUCUUCAAAGGAAAGGGAGAUUGAUGAUUAUAUUGUACAAGCCAAGGAACGAGGCUAUGAAACCAUGGUAAACUUUGGACGGCAAGGUUUAAACUUGGCUGCUACUGCCGCUGUCACCGCAGCAGUGAAGAGCCAAGGAGCAAUAACAGAACGUUUACGAAGUUUUAGUAUGCAUGACCUAACAGCUAUCCAAGGCGAUGAGCCUGUGGGGCAGCGACCGUACCAGCCUCUACCAGAAACAAAAAAGAAAAAUAAAGCAGCCUCCAGUGAAUCAGCAGAUGGAGAUGAGAAGACAGAUGAAGAAGCGGAAGGACCUUUUUCAGACGAUGAGAUGGUAACACACAAAGGACUUCGAAGAUCACAAAGCAUGAAAUCUGUGAAAACCAGCAAAGGCCGCAAAGAGGUGCGAUAUGGUUCACUGAAAUACAAAGUGAAGAAAAGACCACAGAUGUAUUUUUAGUCAUACACAUUAAGCAUCCCAAGACAAAUUAUGAUAAUGUACCAACUGUUUUUUCUAACAUUCUAUGCAGGAUUAAAUGUUUAUUUAAAUUGUGUUGGUGAUAAGGCCUAUUUUCGUUAAUUUAAAUUUUUAUUUCUUUAAUAGUUACUUCCAAAUUGUGGCAACUUUGCAUAACUGCAUAAAAGUAGUUAUGUAUGGCUUAUUUUUAUAUAUUAUUAAAAAUAAUAAUUGUGUUGUUUCAAUUUCCUGAUCAACAUGGGGUUACCUGAGAUAUAAGUUUGAACACAAACCCACAGUAUACUUGAAAAGAGUCUUUUUUUUUUAUAAUUCAAGAUACAUCAACCUUGAUGGUAUCGAACACAAUACCAUUGUUUACCUCCAUUUAUAUUAUAUCUGUCACAUGAAGAUAGUGAUUAAAUAUGCCUCUAAGGCAUAAUGUAGAUAAAGUAUGUCUUAUGUGUUCUUUAAAUUUUAAAUACCGGUUUUACAUCAUUAACUGAAAGUUUUCUAAACAAGUAUUUGAAAACCAGAUAUCCACAUAGCACUUUCAUUCCCAACUAGUUUUGCACACUUGAAAACUGUUUACUUAUUUUACAACUGUACAUUAUGUUUUAUUGAUACAAUUGUUAUCUUUCAUAUUCUGAUGUUAUAUUCCCUGAAUUAUAUCAUCUCUUUUCCUGUGGGUUUCAUUGUUAGAUUCAUCUGAUUUUCAUAAUAUAAAAAUUAUAGCUGAUUGUCCAGUUUUAACUAUUUUUAAUUAUAUUCCUUACAACCAAGAAGUAUAAACACUAGUUUUCCGUAUUUGGCCCUGCAAUGUAGUUGAAUUUAGCAUGUUUUUAACAUGGGUUAUUUUCAGUUUUUGAAAGUAGUAGCUAUUGUGGAAGAGUCAGAACAAUAUAGCACUUCAACCUUUUCUAAUUUAAACAUUCGAUCUAUUUGCGAGUGUAGCACUUAUGUGUGCUAUCAAUAAAUCUGGUAUGAAUUAGAAUUAUUUAAAUCCCUCGGACUGAGAUAAUUUCCUGAGUGUGUAUAAGAUCAGUGCCUACAAAUUACAGGAGUUGAACUUAUACAUUCGAGACGAUUAGAAUAGAUAUUAGGAAAAAAAUUUUCUUUGAUCCAAGAUACUUUUAGUUAUUGAGCUCUCAAGCUUUUUAAAUGUUGAUAACAUUGCAUUUUGAACCUUGUCGAUAUUUCUGGUGAUGGUGUUAAUUAUAUAACUAAUCAGAUUUGUACAGUUAUACUCAUUUAGAUCAUUUGACUGUUAAACUGUUCAAAAGUGAAAACAAUGAGAGAUUUGUGAGUACUUUGAUCUUUUUAACUUUUAAAAUAUUAAUCCAUUCAGCAACAUAUAUCUCAGAGUGCUGGCAGAGAAUAAAAAGUUACUCAAGAGUACUUUACUAAAAGUCAUACAUUUUUGUGGUUAAAAUUUCUUUUUUUAUAUAUACAUUUUUCUUGAUAAAUGUCUCUUAGAGUAUUUCCUAGGUAACCUGACAUUUUUGAUCAACUACAACUUCUCUCCCAGUGAUUUAUUCUGUGGUUAUCUUCAUCUGUUAUAUGUUGACUAAUAUUUAUCCUUUCAAUUCAGAAAAGUUUCUCUAAUCUGUUCAGAUUUUCUGUGUAUUCUGAUUAUAAACUUUUGGAAGAAAAUGCUUCAAGAGACUUGUCUUUCCUAUGCAAAAGCAGUGCCACCUCAAAUUACCCGACAAGGUCAUGUAAGUGAUUUUGUAUCAAAAACAUUACUUGUGAGGGCUAAUUUGAAUCGUUUCACCUUUUUGAAAGUCUAAUCUCAAUAUUCAGCCUAUUCUUUGUUACAGUAAACUCAUACAUCCUGUUCAAGUGAAAGAAUUAUUUAUCCCUUUAUAUAUCUGGAAUCAAACUUAACAAAAACCAGAAAUAAUCUCUAGUUAAUGCAGCCCUGAUUAACUAGAUUCCUUCACACAGUGCAUCAUGUUCUAUUUCUACUGGUGUACUCUUAUAAAUAAUUGGUAUUACUUUGCUUUGCUAUAACUUGUUUUUUCUCCUUUUCUUACAUUUCUUAAAUUUUGCUUCUUUUUCAGCAAGCUCUUUCCUUUUAUCUUUAUACUGUCUUAAAACUUAAGACAAUAUAAAGUUCUCCUCUUAUUUUGGUGGUGGGGGGAGACCCACACCUGACCAUACAGUGGGAGUCGGGGGUGUUUGACUCCCAGCUCAUCGUUCAGGGCUUGCUCCUGGCAGUGUUCUGAAAACCAUAUUGUGCCAGGGAUCACACCCAGGCCUCUCGUAUAUCAGGCAGGCACUCCAGUUCUUUGAGCUGUCUCCCUGGACAAAAUUAUUGUCCCUCUUAAGAUGCUUUUUAAAGAGAAAAAUUGGUUCCUGGACUCAGUGCCUUAUUCUUUCCUGCCACCACCACUACCACCUGCUACAUGAGUAUCAGACACUGCACAAAACCACUUACGGCAUGAUUUUGGAAGCUGUUAAGGGAGAUCCUGAAAUUAGGGCGAAUGUUCUAUUCUAUAUUCAUUCAUCUUAUUCAGUAACUAGAUCUAGAGUUAGCUUAGGAGAAUUGGCUUAUUCUUUAGUUUAGCAUAAUUUUCCAGUGUAAAAAUGAGGCAAAUAAGCUUUAUUGCUCUGUAAUUGAUUAUUUAGUUCUGCCUAGAUCUCACAUAAGAUUACCUCUACUUACUGACUUAACUUUCUGUCUCUGGUAUUGCUAGAAAAUAGUACUGCCUGCACUAUUGACUCAUUAUACAUACUUGACUACAUAAUUGGUUGAAAAAGAAUUAUAAACAUGUUUUCAGGGAAUUUAAGUCAUAUAUCACCACCAAAGAUCAUUACAGUGUUACAAAGUUUGUAAAUAUUCCACUUUUAUCUAAAAUAUUAGAUAAAUUUUUUUUAAAUAACACAUUUAUGCUUUUGGAAUGCAUGAACUUUUGUGUUGUUUAAGAUGAUAAAAUGCUGCCUUAUUUUAAGUAAUUUGUGUUUUAACCAGAAUGAACUAAAUUUUUAAAAAUUUUUCUUGAAUUGGAAAAAUUAAGGAGUUCCUAGCUACUUAAAAAAAAAGUCCUGUUUUCUCUUAUGUAGGUUGACUUACUUUGCAAAGCUAUUUGAUAAAUUUUGAGAUUUUGUUACUGUUUUAUGCAUUGUAUAUAUUUUAAUUAACAUCAUUUUAGAAUAAAACUUUUAAAAGGUGUUUUCUUUCCUCUUAAUGUUUUUAAGAUUUAACAUUCUAGCAGUGUCCUACAGAUUUAAUGUAUAUUAACUCCUUAAACAUUGACCUUAAAUUAACAUUUUCUCUCUGACAGUUUCUAAAUCUUUGAGCUUUAGUAGUUAAAAGAAAGGUUUUAUAAUUUUCUAAAUCUCUUUGUAAAGACUGUCUUUAAACCUAGUAUGGGAUAAUUUUGCAAAGGUGUUUUUUGAAAGCUUAAAUAUAAAAUAAACAUUUUUUUCUUA